AUGUCCGGCCGCGCCAGGGCCAGAGCCAGGGGCCAAGCUCGCCCUCCGUUCCCCGAGGAGGGCGCAGGAGCAGCCGGGGCCGCGAGGAAGAGGAGGAAAGAGGAGGAGGAGAGCGUGUGUCAGUCCCUGUCUCGCCGUGCCAGCGCCUUCUGCUUGACCCCCGCCAUGUCCGGCCGCGCCAGAGCCAGGGGCCAAGCUCGCCCUCCGCUGCCCGAGCAGGGCGCAGGAGCAGCCGGGGCCGCGCUUAGGCCUCUCUUGGGUUAUGGAACCCCUCGGCCUGGGCAGCAGCCUCAGCCGGAGCCGCCGGCAGAAGGGCCGCUCAUUGGUCGCGGGCGCCAGAGAGGAGGAGGAGGAGGGCUGCCUGCACAGGAUGCGGCCAAGGAGCUGGAAAUCUCAGCCGGGUUUCAAGAGAUGAAGUUGGGCGAGAGAGGCGGGUAUAGAAGGAAUUAUAAUGACAUCGGUGUCUACACCCGCCAGUCCAUUGAGCAUGUCAAGGAGGCUAAGACAGGAGUUUCGGGGACUGCCAUCGCCUUGAGCACCAACCACUUCCGCCUGACUUCGCGCCCCCAGUGGACCUUGUACCAGUACCACAUUGACUUCAGCCCGCCCAUGGAGUCUCGGCGCCUGCGCUGCGCCCUCCUGUUCCAGCACGAGGACCUCCUUGGCAGGACGCACGCCUUUGACGGGACCAUCCUGUUCCUGCCCAAGAAAGUGGGGAACAAGGUGACGGAAGUGUACAGCCAGACCCGCCAGGGAGAGACGGUGAAGAUUAUCAUCACCUUAACCAAUGAGUUGCCAUCGACCUCGCCAACGUGCCUGCAGUUCUACAACAUUAUUUUCAGAAGAGUGUUGAAAAUAAUGAAUCUGCAACAAAUUGGACGGAAUUACUACAAUCCCAGUGACCCCAUCAGUGUUCCCAAACACCGGGUGGAAGUGGAAGACAGGACGGAGGCCUACCUGAGAGCCCUGAAGCAGACCGUCACCUCCGACACCCAAAUGGUGGUGUGCCUCCUGUCCAGCAGCCGCAAGGACAAGUACGACACCAUCAAGAAGUUCCUGUGCAGCGACUGCCCCACCCCCAGCCAGUGCGUCCUGGCCCGCACUCUGGCCAAGCCCCAGACGGUCAUGGCCGUCGCCACCAAGAUCGCGCUGCAGAUGAACUGCAAGAUGGGAGGAGAGCUCUGGAGCGUCGAGGUCCCCCUGAAGCAGCUCAUGGUGGUGGGCAUCGACUGCUACCAUGACACCCUGGCUGGCCGGCGAUCCAUUGCAGCAUUCGUGGCCAGCCUGAACCAGGGCAUGACGCGCUGGUAUUCGCGCUGCGUCCUCCAGGACCGAGGGCAGGAAGUGGUGGACGGGCUCAAAGUGUGCUUCCAGGCGGCCCUGAGGACGUGGUACACCCACAACCAGCACUUGCCCUCCAGGAUCAUCGUCUACCGGGACGGAGUGGGAGACGGCCAGCUCAAGACCCUGGUCAACUACGAAGUGCCUCAGUUCCUGGAGUGCCUAAAAACCAUCGGCCAGGACUACAACCCGAAACUGACGGUGAUUGUAGUGAAGAAGCGCCUGAACAACAGGUUCUUUGCACACAUCAACGGGCGACUCCAGAAUCCGCCACCCGGCACCGUGGUCGAUGUGGAAGUGACCCGGCCAGAAUGGUGAGUCGCGAGGAAAGA